UGGUUGGUUGCGUCAUCUUUUGGCGUCGUCGCGCUCGUACGUAUAGGUGUCUGCUCUGAAACCCAACCAUGGCUCGAAACGCAGAAAAGGCCAUGACGGCCUUGGCCAGGUUUCGUCAAGCUCAACUAGAAGAAGGGAAAGUGAAGGAGAGACGGCCAUAUCUUGCCUCAGAAUGCAACGAAUUGCCUAAAGCAGAGAAGUGGAGACGACAGAUCAUCAGUGAGAUUUCAAAGAAGGUGGCACAAAUUCAGAACGCUGGAUUAGGGGAAUUCAAGAUCCGAGACAUGAAUGAUGAAAUUAACAAGCUUCUCCGUGAGAAGGGCCACUGGGAGGUUCGAAUCAAAGAACUGGGAGGCCCUGACUAUGCAAGAAUCGGGCCAAAGAUGCUGGAUCACGAGGGCAAAGAAGUGCCAGGAAACAGAGGCUACAAAUAUUUUGGUGCCGCAAAAGAACUACCUGGAGUCAGAGAGCUAUUUGAAAAAGAACCUGUACCACCACCCAGAAAAACAAGGGGUGAGCUAAUGAAGGACAUCGAUGCUGAGUAUUAUGGCUACCGAGAUGAGGACGACGGUGUGUUAGUGCCCUUGGAACAAGAAUAUGAGAAACAAGCAAUAGCAGAGGCUGUUGAGAAGUGGAAAGCAGAAAAAGAGGCUCGUUUGGCUGGGGGUGGAGGGGCGAAGGAGGUGGAAGAAGAGGAGGAAUACAUAUAUGCUGUCAAAGAUGAUGAGUCUGAUGAUGAGAUGAGGGAUCCGAUGGAGGGGGAGGAUGGAGCACAAACGUUUAUUGCUCAUGUACCUGUGCCAUCACAGAAAGAGAUUGAAGAAGCCUUGGUCAGAAGAAAGAAGAUGGAGCUGCUCCAGAAGUACGCCAGCGAGAGCUUAAUGGCACAAAGUGAAGAAGCUAAAGCGCUGCUCGGCUUGUAAUGAUACCCGUCUUCGUGUAUGGGCAUCAGGAUUUUUACCAUCAAGCAAGUUCAUGCGUUUAAUUCUUUUGAGGGGGUUCAGGUGAUGAAUUGUAAAUGUGUAUGUCAUUCAAAAACUGGAACCCUUGAAUCCAUUUUGAUGUGCACUUGACUAACUCCACAAAACUGGUAAGAUGCAUUGCAGUGGCUCAAAUAUGCCAAUACAUCUGACAUUUCUGUUUAUGAGAGGAGUGUUUUUAUGGUGUGAUUAUACCACCAUUUCCAAAUGUCAAACACUCUGUAUAGCCAAAAAGUUGGGGACACCUGACCAUCACACCCGUAUUGAACAUCCCAUUUCAGAUUUAGUCUCCCUUUGCUGUUAUAGUAACCUCCACUAUUCUGCGAAGGCUUUCCACUAGAUUUUGGAAUGUGGUUGUGGGGGUUUGUCCAUUCAUCCACAACAGCAUUAGUGAGGGCAGGCACUGAUGUUGGGUGAGGAGGCCUGUGAUGCAGUUGGUGUUCCAGUUCAUCCCAGAGGUGUUCAGUGGGGUUGAGGUUGGAGCUCUGUGCAGGCCACUCGAGUUCUUCUUCACCAGCCAUGUCUUUAUGGAGCUCACUUUGUGCACAGGGGAAUUUUCAUGCUGGAACAGGUUUGAGCCUCUUAGUUCCAGUGAAAGCAAAUUGUAAUGCUACAGCAUACAAAUACAUCCUAUAUGAUUGUGUGCUUCCAACAUUGUGGCGACAGUUUGGAGAAGCCCAAAUAUGGGUUGUGGUGUUCCGGUGUCCGCAUACUUUUGGCCAUAUAGUGUGUUUUUGGGGAAUAUGUUGUUGACUAUAAACAAGAGCAAACAGUUAUUUGUAAAUAUGUUUUGUAUACAAUGCUUAAAUUUUUUGGACCAGUAAAAUUUUUCUACACAAUUGGUUGAUUUUGUAUUUACUUGGCUUCAUAGUCUGUUUUACAAUGAGGUCUUUUCUCAGUUAAUUUAGAGGACUGGAGGAACAGUUUGUGACCUGGAGCUGUGCGCUUCUUUUUGUGGUGGUGUUUUUUUAGGGGGCCAAGCAUCGAAGGUGUGUAAGCACCCUAUUGUUCUUUGGCUUUUCAGGGGCCGAGCACCAAUGAUGCAAGGAACCUAUUGUUUAUCUACGGAUUCUGCUUUUUAUUGUUAUUCUGCCUAGGGGGUCUAUGGCAGCCCAUAGAACCAUAUGGUAAAAAGUUGUGAAAUUUUGGAACACGGCUUCAGGACACAUUCGGCUACAAAUUCACCAAAUCUGGGUCCCAAGCUCCCAAAGCUGUAGUGCCAAGAACAGGUAAAAUCUUGGCCAAAUUUCAAAGUAUGUUUAUGCCUAUAACUUUAGAACCGUGUGGCCAAAAUUUCAAUGCCAGGUGUCCCUAGAUUUCUAGAGUACACUUGACCCUAUGACCUCAGUUUCCUAAUUAGAUUUUCGGCCAUCUUGGAUUUUGUUUAAAAACUAUUUUUUGCCAUUCCUCCUACAAAUCUUGUCCAAAUUUCACCAAAUUACAUGACAUCUUCAGACCAAGCCGCACAAAAGUUAACGAAUGGCAUUUUGAUUCGACUUGUAUGAGCCAACAAAUCUGGCAAUGAAG